AGCGUCUACGUAACAGGAAAUGGAGCGCGAAGUUUGAAUAGAAAUUUACGGAAAAAUAGCUGUCAAAUGAAAUUAAAUGCCUUGGCAAGGUCUGAAAUAUGAGAAGUAAAGAUGAUAUCAAUAGUUUUCUGCCAGGGAUGUCUGUGUUUGUUAGAGAUACAGCUAAAGUGUGGCAAGAUGGGACAGUUUCAAGUGUUGGCAAAAGUACAUGCACAGUAGCAUUAACUAAUAAAAAGGAGACGCGGGAGUACCCAGUGCAUGACAUUUUACAGAGAUCAGAACAGUGCUUGAAAACAGUAAACAGUCUUACAGAUCUAUCUCCAAUCAAUCAGGCUUCAGUUUUGAGCUGUCUUCAAGAGAGAUUUGAUGACGGUCGCUUCUACACUAAUGCAGGCAGUACAAUUGUUGCAGUAAACCCAUUCCAGAAUGUAGACAAUUUAUACACUAUAGAUACAGUGAUAGCCUAUCACAGAAAUUUAGAGGAUGAUCCUCAUAUAUACAAGGUUGGAAAUGAAGCAUAUACAAGAUUGUGUAGAGAACUAGGCCAUGUAAAUCAGUGUAUCAUAGUGAGUGGAGAAAGUGGCUCUGGUAAGACAGUUUCAGCUAAGCACCUGCUGAGGUUUAUGACAGUGGUUUCAAACUUGUCAGUGGACGAGCAAUUGAAAACAACAACAGGAGUAUGUCAAUCAGUAGAACAAAAAAUCCUUGACUCAAACCCGAUACUGGAGGCAUUUGGUAAUGCUGUUACACAGAGAAAUGAUAAUAGUUCAAGAUUUGGCAAGUUUAUACAGCUGCAAUUUUCAAGAGGAGGUCACAUGAUUGGAGCUGAGAUCAAGACAUACCUGCUUGAGAAAACUAGAGUGGUUCAUCAGUUAAAGGGAGAGGCAAACUUUCAUAUCUUCUAUCAGGUUAUGGACAGUCUGAGUAAAUCAGAAGGAACAAUUUUAGGUCAGCUGGUUCAAGAGAUGGGGAGAGAUGCCUUUAAAGUGCUACCUGUAGGAAAAAAUAUAGAUACUAACAGAGACCUUGAGGACACAUUGAAAGCAAUGACACAGAUUGGUAUACCAGAGGAAAUGCAAGGGGAGAUUACAAAGGUUCUUGUGGCUAUUCUUUUCCUGUGUAAUGUGGAGAUAAAACAUCUAGAAGAUGAACUCUGUCAGUUACUACAAGAAAAAGAUGACAGAUUUCUAGAAACUGGAUUUGUUGAACUUGAAGUGACAGAAACCAGUUUAAAACAAGCUGGGGACCUUUUGGGCUUGGAACCGUCUCACAUGGAACAAGUUCUCUUAUACAGACAUAUAGAGUCAGGUGGUAACAAACGUAGGAGUGUGUUUGUGAAACCUGUACCACAGAGAGAGGCAUACAGUAGACGUGAUUGUCUAGCUACCUUGUUAUAUUCUAGAUUAUUUGAGUGGUUAGUUGGAUUCAUCAAUACCCAGAUACAAGGGGUUGGGUAUGACCACACAAUAGGUUUGCUAGAUAUCUAUGGGUUUGAAGCAUUUGAGACAAACAGUUUGGAACAGUUAUGUAUCAACUAUGCCAAUGAAAAGCUGCAACAACAUUAUGUUAAACACUUCCUUAAAGACUUACAGAAAGAGUAUGAAGACGAGUGUAUAGACUGGCAGCAUUUAUCAUACUGUGAUAACCAGCCUUGUCUAGAAAUUCUGGAAGGUCAACCAAGUGUUUUUGGACUUCUUAAUGAGGAUGUGCAGUUGAAUAGGAAGACUGACACAACACACCUGUGUGAGAGAAUACUACAGUUGUCACAGUCUUCUUCAAGUUAUGUGAAGCGACCAAAACAUUUUAUGAAAAAUCCUGGGUUUAUAGUGACUCACUUUGCUGGAGAUGUUACAUAUACUGGUGAUGGUCUGUCUACAAAAAAUCGAGACAAUAUACCACAGGAACUUGUCUGCAUGCUGAGGGACAGUAAAAACAAAUUUAUAUCGGAACUGUUCGAUAAAUUUGUAACAGAAGAGCAACAUGGCCGUAAGAGAAAAACUGUGCUUGGCAAGUUUAAGGCUUCUCUCGACUGCCUUAUGUCCUCACUUAAAACAUCUGAUGUACAUUACAUAAGGUGUAUCAAACCCAACACACGCAGCGUUUCAUGUGAAUUUGACCGUCAGUAUGUGAUGUCACAAUUAACAGCAAGUGGCAUCAUAGAAACAGUGAAAAUCAGCAGCCUAGGAUACCCUGUGAGAAUACCCUACCCAAUGUUCCUACAGAGAUACGGUUUGAUCAUACGUAAUGCUAAAACACCGCCCCAGUCUGAGGUAGAAGAUGUCAGUGACAAUGACACGCUGUACGACCCGCUCGAUGCUUUAUAUCGUAAACAACUCCACAUGGUAAUGGCUGACUCACCAAAGAGAAGCAGCACACCGAGAAGACGGUUGAGGAGAAGGGCAGGUUUGUCUAGCGCAGACCACACAAGGAGAUGUAGUGCUGCUGUGUUGACCAUACAGUUUGGUAGAUGUCAGGGUCUAACCCAGCAGUUUGGUAGAACUAAACUUUUCUUACAUCAACAUCAGGUUGACAGCCUAGAGCAGAGAAGAUAUGAUAUUAUAUCAUCAAAGGCAGCAGUACUUCAGCGUGCAUGGAGACGUUAUAGACGACGCUGUGCAGUACGCAGAGAGAAUACAGCAGCUGUAAAAAUACAGUCAACAUGGAGGAAAUAUAUACAACAUAAACAUUCCAAAGCUGUGAUACUACUACAGAAAACAUUCCGCUUGCAUAUUGCAAGGAAAAGGUACAGGGAAAUGGUCCAGAAGAAGAAACAAGAAAAACAUCAAAAGAAGAAAAAGUCCUGGAAACCAAUUCUUGAUAGAAAACGAACAUCUCCAGGCACUGGAAGGUCAAGUAGGAGUAGUGAAAGGUCAGAUGGAUCAAUUGAUGGAUUACAGGAAUCAGAGUGCAUUGUUUUAAGUGCAAAUACGUCUUCGGAUACAAGUUCUUCAGUGGCAAAAUCAGAUCAAAGAACUGAAAACAGGAUGAAUUCUUUUACCACAAGCACUCCACGAUGUGAAAACAGGCGAUCCCCAAAAUGGAGACAGUCUCGUGAACAAUGUCAGGAGAUUUGCUCAAAUAAAGAAAAUAUCGAGAGAAUGAAAAGGAAUCCCAGAGGAAGACCAGAUAUGAGUAAAUACAGUCCAGUUAAAACGUUACGAUCUUACAGUAAAAUAUCUGCAAUGAAACGCUCAAAUUCUAGUUCCGCUACGGAGACAGGAAGUGGCGAUCAAAGCAGUGAUUCUGGAGCUUCCCCAAGAAAGAGGCAGAAGAUGACAGAUAGUUCAGGACACGGUGCAUUCCAUCUGCAAAAUGGUAUCCUUACAAAAAGGUGUUUACCAAAGAUGCCAGUAAGGUUUCACACACGAGCCAGUGUAUUGAAGUAUGCACACUAUAUGCACCAGAAGGAAAUGCCCAGCGGACUUGGGGACUGUUUACCAGAUGACCAAUUAGACUGAAAAAUUAAAAAUAUUCACUAAAUACCCGAUACUUAAUAUGUGGUGAACUGACACAUUUAGGAGCUCAAUCAUCUUAAGAUUAGGCAAAAACUUGCACACCUAUAGGAGCUAUUUGAAUUUCUGUUUAAUGCAGUCUUUGAAUACUUAUUUUGGGGAAAAUAGUGUUGGUUGAUUUCUAUGGAUUUUGAGAUCAAUCACCAUAGAACAGAAUAUAGUUCUGUUUUGCAUUUAAAAUUUGAAUUGUUUGAAUUUAUGCCACCACAAAAUAUGUUAAUACUUGGGUUGAAAAAUAUUUACCAAAUUUGCCUUGUUAAAUCAAAUGAUUUAUGAAUACUUCUUGUGUUUUAGUUUUAAUUUGAUACCGGUACUUAAAAAAUCACAUUUCAACAGGUAGUAAGUGGAAGUUUUAAUUGGUACUGUAAAUUUAGACAUAUUCACAAGAGUUUAAUUCCUGCUAGUAUUCAGGAUCUUGUUUCUUCUGUUAUUUAAGGAUAUAUCUCAUUUUGUGAUUUGUGAUUGAAAAAAUCAUUGUUUGGAGUUAGAUGCAAAGAAAUUAUAUCACUAGAUUGCAGCCAGAGUGAUAUAAUAACACGCAUCUGAACAACAAUGAUUUUAUACAAGAGCAUAUCACUAAAUGAGAUAUAUAAUUUUUAUUUUAACACGUUAUUAAAGGUUAUUACCAACAUCUUUGAAGAAAUUCACCAAAUAUUUACCAGUUUUGUUGGUUUCCUUUAACGGUGCACAGCUAUGACAUUUAACGCUAUGAUGUCAUAACUAUGAUGUACAAGUGUGGAUGUCAUAACUAUGAUGUACAAAUGUGGAUGUCAUAACUAUGAUGUACAAGUGUGGAUGUCAUAACUAUGAUGUACAAGCUGUGGGUGUUGCAUAAUAAUACAGAUUCAUUCUACUUCGUUUAAUAAGGAAAUAAAUGGGUUGUGUUAGAACAAAUAAGUAUAAAAUACACAGAAUGGCAACUGGCUGUAAUCUCGCGUGAUCUCGUGUCUGAGCUUGAAUCGGCGUUAUCUUAGUAAAAGCAAACAUCGACGAGCAUGGAGUUACAAUCUUUACCUUUAAAACUACAUUUAAAAUACAUGUUAACUUCUAAAACAACAUUAGUUUAAUGUGAAAUAGUCUUAAGACACAAAGUACACGUUUCUUGCCAUCAAAAGAAGCGUGGCCAUACAGUGAUAAUUAAUUUACCGAUGAAUAAUUGCUCUCGCAUACAAAAUGGCGCAGGGAGAAAGUGUCACUUCCGGAAAACAAGAUCUCAUUCAGUUAUCACGGGAUGUUGGCGAGAUUUUCUCAGUAUGCCUUUCAAGUUGCCGAUCUAUUUAUUUUUAUAGCUCUUUGGUUAGAAUGAAAUAUUUCACAUAUGUUAUUCACUAAAUUUAUUAUUAGAAUGGUGUAUAGUCAUGAAAUGUUUGUAUCACAAAUAAGUCCUGACAUAAUUAAAUUGCAAAGUAAAGGUAGUACAAGAAUGUUCCAUUUUACAGUCUAUAGAUUAUCAGAGCUCCAGAUAAGAUUUAAGGUUAAAGGGUAUUUUAACUCUUAGUUUUUGGCUCUAUUAUUCAAACCCUAGCCGCUAUUCUACUCGCCCUGGCGUCGGUGUCACACCUUGGUUAAAGAUAUGCAUACAAGUACAUAUGGCUAUCAUUUAAAGGCAUGUAGCUUUGAAACUUAUUUUUCCUUCUCUGGACCAACCUCACUAGGUCAAGUCCAAUAACUCUGACAUGUAUUUUGGCCAAAUUAUGCCCCAUUUUGGUCUUAAAAAAUCCUGGUUAAAGUUUUACAUGCAAGUUACUAUCUCCAAAACUAAUGCAGAUACUGAUUUGAAACUUCAUCUAUGUCUUUAUGGUUAUAAAACUAGAUGAAAGCAUCAAGUCCCAUAACUCUGACAUGAAUUUUGGCUAAAUUAUGCCCCCUUUUGGACUUAGAAAUUCCAGGUUAAAGUUUUGCAUGCAAGUACAUGUACAUAUAGAUAUUACUUAAAGGCAUAUAGCUUUGAGACUUAUUUUUUCUUUUUCUUGGUCAAUUUCCAACUUCACUGGGUCAUGUCCCAUAACUCUGACUUGUAUUUUGGCCAAAUCAUGCCCCCUUUUGGACUUAGAAAAUCCUGGUUAAAGUUUUGCAUGCAAGUCACUGUCUCCAAAACUAAUGCAGAUAUUGAAGUGAAACUUCACAUGUGCCUUUAGGGUUAUAAAAGUAGGUGAUAGUAUCAUAUCCCAUAACUGGUUAAAGUUUUGCAUGCAAGUUACUGUCUCCAAAACUAAUGCAGAUACUGAACUGAACCUCUAUAGAUAUUUUAAAGGGUAAUAUUCCUGCUUCUGGGACAAAAUUUUCUGUAUUAUUUAAAGGGUAAUAAUUAUUAAACAUAAUAAAAACAUUUGUUCAUACAUUUAAUAGUUUUUCUUGCAGUUGACAUAACACUACCUGUGCCUUGACAAAUAAUGUCAGUAAACAUGAUGCCUAUUACAUUCCACUUCUUGUGCAGUAAGUGAGCUGUGAAUUUCAGUUGCUAUCCACUGCGAUCUAUUAAUAACCAAUGAUAGUACAAUUGCCAACUGAUCAGUGCUUUUUUUUCUGACAGUUUUUUGCCCGCAUGAUGCUUCUGCUUUUUUCUGCUGUUUCAACACUUAUACUUGAUAUAUACAUGUGUACUUAAUAUAUCAUCAACCAUGGAUGUAGCAAUCCGAGAGGCAUUGUUUGAAACUCUGGUAACAUUUUAAGAUACUUGGGGAAGAAGAGAACAUUUCUCUGCGAUACUGUCCUUGUUUUGCUUUUAGAGAACCAGGGAUUUUGUUUGUUGUACUCGGGAUAUGCUUGAUUUUUGGUGAAAUUUCGUAUCCCAUUUUUUUUCAAUGCAUACAGAGACGCAUAAAUUUGAUUUUAAAUGCAUUUUUAGCUUGACUAUACGAAGAAUAGUCUAGCUAUUCUACUCACCCUGGCGCCGGCGUUGGCAUCGGCGUCACAUCGUGGUUAAAGUCCAAAAGGGGGCAUGCAAGUACAUACAGCUGUCAUUUAAAGGCAUAUAGGUUUGAAACUUAUUUUUUCUUUUUCUAGGUCAAUUACCAAUCGUUUUGAUGCAUUUGCAAUAGCGUGCGAAUGGUAAAAUUUCACAUAACAAGAUGGAACAUAGUUUUCAGCAAUUGUUUAUCUUUAUUUCUUUACAAAUGAUAUUCAUUUUCAAAGGGAGACAAUUUUUUCGGAAUAUUUUAAGUACAAAUAGCAUUCAUUUUCAAAGGGAGACAGCUUUUUCCAAAUAUUUUAAGUAUUCGUCAAGAAAAAGUUGUCUCCCUUUGAAAAUGAAUGCCAUUUGUAAAGAAAUAAAGAUAAACAAUUAAAACAAAUGUACAUAACAAACCAAACAAUUGGAAGAACUUCAUUAAACUUCUUUCAUUCUUUCCAUGAACAUUUAUUAUAAACAUGUGAAGUUGUGUACCCACACCUGGUAGUCACCUUGCCUUGGUCACUUCCCCUCCCCCUCACCCCCCACCCCCCAAUUUGUUUUUUCAUUCUUUUUUUUUUUUUAUUUCUUUUUGUUUUAAACCUUCCAUGAAUAGUUAUCAACGUGCAAAGUUGUACCAUUCUCUCACCUCACUCUUCCACCCAGUCAUGCUCACCACCCCGAUCAUGCAUUCACCCCCCACUCCAUUUUUUUCUUUCUUUUUUUUUCCCCAUCAAUAUUUAUAAUCAACAUGUAAAGUUUUGUACCCUCACCCCCCCCCC